AUGGCAGCAUUGAGACGCCCGGAUCAACUGGACGAAGAAUAUCUCACAGAGUGCGUGUCUUUGCAAGAGGAGGAAUGGGAAGUUUUGGAGUCCAUAUACCCGGAAUGUGUAUCCAGUGACAUGGCCAAUGGCAAUGUCAAGCUCGAGAUACCCAUCGAGUUCCUGGAGCCGAGGUCUAUCGCCGUAGUCAGCGAUCGUAGCUUGCCUGCCGCGAAUGGUACUCUGCGUGCAUCAAGUGCUAGCCGGUCUGGACCUUCGCACUUGUCGCUGUCUACAUUGCCCCCAUUGCUACUAGACGUGCUGUUGCCGCCCUCCUACCCGUAUCGUCCGCCGGUGAUUGCAUCACUACAUGCCACUCACUCGUGGUUCACGCUUGGUCUGGACUCGGAAUUGCAGAAGAAGCUGCUAGAAAUGUGGCAGGAUGGGGAAGGAGUAUUGUAUGCUUGGGUUGAAUGGAUCCGCGGAGGCGAGUUGUUUGCAGCGCUGGAUCUUGUCUCAACUGUGGACGGGGAAGAAGUUAUCCGGCAUAAUACCACAUCCAGCGCCACAUGUACAUCGUAUAUAUGUGAGGUCUGCCUCACGUCCAUCAAGGGCGCGCGAUGCAUCCUCCUGUCGUGUUCACACGUGUUCUGUCGUGCUUGCUUGGAGGACUUUUGGAAGCUGUGCAUCACGGAGGGAGACAUUGGGCGCGUGGGCUGUCCAGACCCGCAAUGCAUCAAAAGUGGACGGGAGGCAAAUGAGGAAGAGGUGCGAAGAGUAGUUACAGAGGAAGAGGUUCGGCGAUGGAAAUGGCUACGAGAGAAGCGCGAGCUUGAAAAAGGCAAGUCUGCUGGUAGCGAGAUGACGGUGGCGCUAACAAUCACAGCAGAUCCGACCAUCAUUCACUGCCCCAUGUCAUUCUGCCAGAGACCAGUCCCCAAGGGAAACAACGUUGAGGAAGGGACCGGCUGGGAGCGAUUGCGGACAUGCCCAGAUUGCGACUAUUCAUUUUGCGCAUAUUGCAAACGUACAUGGCACGGACCACUCUCUGAUUGUCCGAUCUCGGUGACGGAGACGUUCGUGCUGGAAUACCUUGCACUGCCAGAAGGCUCUCCCGGGCGACUCGUGAUGGAGCGGCGAUUCGGGCCAAAAAACAUCCGAAAACUUGUGGCAAGGUAUGAGGAGGAACGGGCGAACGAGCGGUGGCUCGCGCAGAGCACAAUGGCGUGUCCGAGCUGCCAUGUUCAUGUAGAAAAGUCGCUGGGGUGCAACCAUAUGACGUGCGCAAAGUGCAAGCAGCACUUUUGCUAUCGGUGCGGGGAGAAACUGCAGGAGAGCAACCCCUACGAGCACUUUUCGACACCGGGGCGGCAGUGCUACUCGAAGCUGUUUGACUUUCAAAGCAUCGAGGACGAGUGGCAGCCAGUGGAGGGCUUCGAUCUGUUGUAG